UUCCGGUAUGUCACGUGCUUGUUGACGUCGUCUGUGUGCAACAACAUGGCUGCGCCCAUAGCCAGAGGAGCUGCAACGAGCAGCCUUGAAACAGGCAUGGUUGUCAAGAAAGCCGUUUCCAUCGUUGCUCCUCUUGCUCUCCGAAUCAUCGCCGAAUGUCCAGUGACCAAAGCGAGGGCUUGUGAUCUCAAACUCCCUCACUGUACGGUCAGCACCCCAGUGUUUAUGCCUGUUGGUACACAAGGCACGAUGAAGGGAAUCACUGUGGACCAACUCGAUGAUCUGGGAUGUCAGAUUUGUCUUGGCAACACAUACCACUUGGGUAUGAGACCGGGUCCUGAGCUGAUUGAGAAAGCAAAUGGCCUGCAUGGCUUCAUGAACUGGAAAAGAAACCUAUUGACUGACAGUGGGGGCUUUCAGAUGGUGUCUCUUGUUGAACUAUCUGAGGUUACUGAGGAGGGGGUCAAGUUCAAAUCUCCUUACGAUGGGAAGGAGAUCCUUCUGAGUCCUGAGCAGUCAAUCGCCAUACAGAACAGUCUGGGGUCAGACAUCAUGAUGCAGUUGGAUGACGUGGUCAGCAGUACGGUGACUGGGCCGCGGGUGGAAGAGGCUACGUGGAGAUCGAUUCGCUGGCUGGACCGCUGCAUUGCAGCCAAUAAGAAUCCAGAUAGACAGAACCUGUUUGCCAUCAUCCAGGGGGGCCUGAACACAGAGCUGCGCAAAGCCUGUCUAGAGGAAAUGACAAAACGGGAUGUUCCUGGCUUUGCUAUUGGUGGGCUGAGCGGAGGUGAGGAGAAGGAUGAUUUCUGGAGGAUGGUGACACUCAGCACAGACCACCUGCCUCGAGAGAAGCCUCGCUACCUUAUGGGGGUUGGUUAUGCAGUAGACCUGGUGGUGUGUGUUGCUCUGGGUUGUGACAUGUUUGACUGUGUCUUCCCAACACGCACUGCAAGGUUUGGCUCAGCUCUGGUCCCGUGGGGAUCUCUGACAAUUACCAAGAAGCAGUUUGCCAAGGACCUACAGGCAAUAGAUCCAGACUGCCAGUGCCCCACCUGCCGGAGGCACAGUCGGGCCUAUCUGCAUGCUCUGUUCAAGAGUGACACCGCAGCCAUGCAUCACAUUACCAUCCACAACAUCUCCUACCAGCUCACUCUGAUGCGGUCGAUGAGACAGAGCAUCAUAGAUGGUCGCUUCCCAGACUUUGUGAGGACAUUCAUGAAGAGAAUGUUCCCCUCUCCUGAACAGUAUCCAGGCUGGGCGGUAGAUGCUCUAGGAACAGUCAACAUCACAUUGAAUUAAACUGCUUUAUACAGCCUGGGACUUCCUCUGAAAUGGCCAAUAAGACCUUUUUAUAUGAGAAAUCAGAUCUCCUUUUUAAAAAUGGUUUUGUUUGUUAUGAAAUCGCUUUUUCUACUUUCAUGCUUCAUUUGGGUAAUUGCUUCUGCCUGUAUAUUCUGUCAGUGUCACGCCCUGGUCGAAGUAUAGUAUGUUUGUCUUCAUUUAUUUGGUCAGGCCAGGGUGUGACAUGGGUUAUUAUGGUGCGUUUUUGUCAUGGGGUUUUGUGGGGUGUCUAGC